CCGUCGUGACGUAACCAGACCUACUCCAGAAUAGCGCGCGGCGGAGGGACCAGUUGAGCCGUGUUCUUCCCCGCGUCCCCCGCGCCCGUAGUUCCUCCGGUUAUGCGGCGUCGGUUCGGUCCGGAAUAAGCCCGGUGGGCGGGUAUCUGCGGCGGGAUGUCGCUGCUGGAGGAGAACCGGUGUUACGGACUCAACGGCGGCGAACUGAACGGCGGGAACGUCUCCGUUUUUCACGUCAAACUCACUGACAGCGCGGCGAGAGCCAUCGGCUCCUUCGCUCACUGGGAGGGUUCCCGUCCCACCAUCUGUUUCAAUGGCAACAAAGGGAAAAUCAGCGUCCCUCGCUCGGAGAAUAAAGACGACCUGAGGGUUUUCACCUUUGCCGUGACAAACGUAGCCCGUGAUAAUCCGCACGGAAGCUUCAACUGCUUCCAACAGCGGGCCGCUGGUUCUGCCGAGGAGCUGUCAUGUCUGGGGGUGAUUCAGAAAAAGAUGACGGUCAACGCUACGGAUGAGUCGUACGAUAAGGCUCGCCAGAGCAUGGCCCAAGCUGAGGAGGAGACGCGCAGCCGUGGAGCCAUUGUCAUCAAACACGGGGGACGCUUCCAGGGCAAGAGGGUGACGGUGCGAGCCCCGGCCCCCGCGCUGGCCGCCCUGACCAAGCCCCGACUCACCGACAAAUCCCCGUCCCUCCUCAGCAACGCAAAGAGGGGAGUCCAAGUUGGCGUGUCCAAGCCGAAGAAGGGGAUCUGCGCGUCGAACAGUAAGAGCGUGGGCGACGUGCAGGACAGACCGCUUAGGGAAAGAGUAACACACCUGCUGGCCCUGCGGCCGUACAAAAGGCCGGAGCUCAUCUUGAGGCUGCAGAAAGAUGGACUGACGGCAAGAGACAAAGACAUCCUGGACUCCGAACUGCUGGAGGUUGGCCAGCUCAGUAGUAGAGACAACACGUAUGUUCUGAAGGACAGUCUGUAUAAGGAGCUGCAGAGGGACUGGCCGGGCUACUCCUCAGGAGACCAGCAGCUGCUUAAACGAAUCUUUGUCAGGAAGCUGUUUCAGCCCCAGCGGAACCUCCUCAGCGUCCCGGAGGCGCAGGUCAGUCCCCUGCGAGAUACUCCCAACACCUCUCCAGCGCACCGGCCUAAGCCUGCCCUGCCUGAGGAAUACACCGACCCUUUGGCGAGCAAGAAGCUCAGGAUAUCGCGCUUGUCGAGCAAAACAGCCGGAGACAAGCCAAGAGUGAGGCCCGCCGAACAGGCGGCUCAAAAGGCCGCCACAGAGGAGACGGCGAAUGGCAGUAAAAGGGACUCGCUUGAUCCUCGACAGCUUUUCGAAUCCUUGUCAGCGGUCUGUCAGCGGGAGGCAGAAGUGGCAAAGAGGCUCGAGCCGACUCACUGUGUUGAAGAGAAACCCCGAGUCACGGCAUCCGACCGCCCUCUAACCAACCCCGAUCGCCCCGCGGCCCCUCUGAUGGUGCCUGAUCUGAACAGACACACGAUCAAAAGGAAGAAGAGCAAACACAAACGCCGAGAUCAGGAGCGGGUGAGAAACCGGAAAGAAAGGAGAAAGGAUCUCGGUUCAGAGGAUGCAGACAAUAAGGUCUCCUUGUUCUGCAUAGAGCCAAGCGAAAUGUUCUUCGACUCAAGUGUGCUCAGAGUAGACAAUGACAUCGCAGACUAUCUAUUGAAGUACGGAGAGAUUUUCAAUCACGACCAGAGACAGAGCUACAAGCAAGACUUUAACACGGAGUACAGCGAGUACCGGGACUUACACGCUCGCAUUGACGGAGUGACGCGGCAGUUCAUGGAGCUGGACGCGCAGCUCAAACAGCUCCACCACGAGUCCCAUAAGUACAAGACGGUUCGUAAUCAAAUUCUUCAAGAGUAUCGCAAAAUCAAAAAGUCCAACCCCAACCACAACCACGACAAGACCCGCUGUGAAUAUCUACACAACAAACUGGCCCACAUAAAGAAGCUCAUAUCGGAGUACGACCGGCAGCAGCUCUGACUUGAGACACCCGGGAACCUGCAGAGCACAGAAAUCACCCCGGGGCGGGGGAGGCUCGCGCUUUCGAGCUGAAUGCCGUCAAGCUGCAAAUCUGUUGUCUUCAUGGCUUCCAAAUGGCGUCUCGCAAGACCUGCUGGAGACGUCACCGAGGUUAUGCGACAUCUGUGCGCAGCAGCUGUGGACCCAUGGUAAAAAAAAAACAGAUGUCUAGUAUAAGCUAUUUUAUUUUAAGAAGGGGAACUUGUGAAGAAGACCAGGGGUCUGGACACAAGUUCUUUUAAUUGUUGUACAUUUGUAGAUUCCCAUCCCUCUUCAUCCUUUUGUUGGCUGUGGAUGAAAUACAUUUGGCCAUGUCAGCAUUUACGUUUAAGCCGGAAGCUUGAGGUAAGAGCUGGCUGUAUACGUACCCAGGGGGCUCACAGGAUUACAGAUGUGGACGCACUGAGAAGACAUCUUUCCUCUGGGUUCCUACACAUCAGUGUAGUGUUCUCGUCGGUUCAGCUCUAUAAUGACCUCUGAAAGGAAUGCCGGUGCCUUAAGGGGUUUCUAAUCUGGACUGGAUUCACAGAAUUUCAUGGUGUUAUGCCUGUUGUUCAACACGUUUUCAGCUUGAAGUUGUAUUCAGAAACGUUAUGUUCUGCGCUGUAGUAACAAUGUACCUGAAACUGGAUUUAAUUGUUAGUCAUUUAUACUGUAGGCGGAGAUGAAGAACAAAGAAAUAAAAAAAAUGAUCUGCAUGCUGUGUACUUUACUGAAUGCAUGAGGAAGUUUUGUCUGUUUAAAAUAAAUUUCCCCUUUUAAUACUAC